AUGUCUGAAAUGAGAGGUAGAGGCCGUGGAGGCUUUGGUGGAGGUGACAGAGGUGGCCGUGGUGGUUUCGGUGGAGGCCGUGGAGGCAGUUUCAGCGGAGGAGGCGACAGAGGUGGUCGUGGUGGAUCCCGUGGUGGUUUCGGUGGCGACAGAGGUGGUCGUGGAGGCUCCCGUGGUGGUUUCGGUGGUGACAGAGGUGGUCGUGGAGGUUCCCGUGGUGGUUUCGGCGACAGAGGUGGUCGUGGAGGCUCGCGUGGUGGACUCGGAUCUGCCGGUCGUGGAGGAGGCCGUGGAGGAGGCCGUGGCGGUGCCAAGGUCAUGGUCGAGCGUCACCCACGUUUCGACGGUGUCUUUGUCGUCAAGGGCAAGGAAGACGCCUAUGCCACUUUGAACUCUACCCCAGGAGAGUCAGUGUACGGCGAGAAGCGUGUCGCUAUCGAAGUCGGUACCGAGAAGAAGGAAUACAGAAUCUGGAAUCCAUUCCGUUCCAAGAUUGCCGCCGCCAUCCACAGAGGUAUCGAGAACCUCUACAUCAAGCCCGGAUGCAAGGUCUUGUACCUCGGUGCUGCCAACGGCACCACCGUGUCCCACGUCUCUGACGUUGUCGGCAGCACCGGUGUUGUCUAUGGUGUCGAAAUCUCGCAUCGUUCCGGUCGUGAUCUCAUCGGCAUGGCCAAGAAGCGUAACAAUGUCAUCCCAAUCAUCGAAGACGCCCGUCACCCACAAAAGUACAGAAUGUUGAUCGGUAUGGUCGACGUCCUCUUUGCCGACGUUGCCCAACCCAACCAAGCCCAAAUCGUCGCCCAAAACGCCGCCUAUUUCCUCAAGAACGAAGGUCACUUUAUCAUCUCUAUCAAGGCCAACUGUAUCGAUUCUACCGCCCCAACUGAAGUCGUCGUCGCUGCUGAAAUUGAAAAAUUAAAGGCUGAAAAGCUUAAACCACAACAAUUGUUAAAGACACUCGAUCCAUAUGAACGUCAUCAUGCUUUGGUUGUUGGACAAUACAGAGUUACUCCAAAGGGUGACAAAUAA